AUGGCCCCAUCCGGGUUGAAGGCGCUGGUGCGUGAGAAGAUCCUCAGCGUUGUCUUUCGCAGUGUGAAAAAGGAAGGAGAAUGGAAGGUGCUGAUCACGGACCAUCCGAGCACGCGCAUCCUCUCAUCAUGCUGCAAGAUGUCCGACAUCAUGGAUGAAGGCAUCACACUUGUGGAAGAUAUUGAUAGGUGCCGGAAGCCAAACCCCAGCCUGGAGGCCAUUUACCUGCUCAGCCCUGUGGAGAAGUCAGUGCAGGCUCUGAUCAGUGACUUCCAGGGCUCCCCCACAAACUACAAGGCGGCUCACGUCUUCUUCAUUAACCCCUGUCCUGAGCCUCUGUUCAAGGAACUGAGGAAGUCACGGAUCACCAAGGCCAUCAAAACCCUCAAGGGGAUCAACAUGGCCUUCCUGCCCUACGAGAGCCAGGUGUACUCCCUGGACAGGCCACAGACCUUCUACAACUGCUUCAGCCCCUACCGCUUCUGGGAAAAGAACAAGGAGCUGGAGAUGAUGGCAGAGCAGAUUGCCACGUUGUGUGAAACCCUGGAGGAGUAUCCAGCCAUCCGCUACUGGAAGGACGGUGAAGAUAACUUCCGCCUGGCGCAUGCUGUGCUGGCCAAACUCAAUGAGUUCAAGGUAUACGAGCCCAGCAUGGGAGAGGGCCCUGACAAAGCCCACUCUCAGUUGCUGAUUGUGGACCGAAGCUUCGACCUGGUGUCCCCACUGCUGCACGAGCUCACCUACCAGGCCAUGGCCUAUGACCUGCUCACCAUCGAGAACGACACCUACAAGUACGAGACAACGGGGACCAGCGACUCGCGGGAGAAGGAGGCGCUGCUGGAUGAAGAUGAUGAACUCUGGGUGCAGCUACGCCACAUGCACAUCGCUAACGUCUCCAUGAAGGUGACGGAGCUGCUGCACACAUUCUCUGAGAGCAAGAGGCUGACCACGGACAAGGGGGCUCCAUGCACUGGGAGGGGCCGGGAUCUCACCACUGCCUCCCUCCAGGCCACCAUAGAGGACCUGUCCCAGGUGGUGAAGAACUUGCCCCAGUACGUGAAAGAGCUGAACAAGUUAACCGGGCUGGAGCUGUUAUACUCCACACACCUGAACCUGGCUGAGCACUGCAUGCAGCACUUCAAAGCAUCAGUGGAGAAGCUGUGCGGCGUGGAGCAGGAUCUAGCCAUGGGGACUGACAUGGAUGGGCAGAAGAUCAAGGACCCCAUGAAGAUCAUCAUACCCAUCCUGCUGGAUCCCAGCGUGCAGGCCUAUGACAAGAUCCGCAUCAUCUUGCUCUACAUCUUGAAGAACGGUAACACCACAGGCCUGCAGGGGGCAGCACUGGGGGGCCUGCUGCUGCAGGUUGUACCCUUGGAGGCGGUGCGUAAGUCGGUGGGGCCGUGGGGGAAUAACACUGCUUAG